CGACACCUUUUCCUGCUCUACACACCCUGCCGAGCGCGCGGAACUGGGCACGAAGAGGCCUUUUGAGUUCUCCGUUUUUCGCAAAGCUGCGACAGCACCGACGCUGAGUCAACGGUCCGUUUUUCUUUUUUGUACACUUUCUUAUUUCUCUGUUUCCCUCUACUGCACGCAUUCUUCGGAGUCUCCACCUUUUCUUUUCUUCGGAAGGCUGGAGUCUCCCCGCCACUGCCGCUAGCGCCUCGGUCUACCGUCUUCCCCCACACAACUCGGCGACUCGAAACUUCCGACUGUACGGAUUUCCCGGCCACUUGGCCACGCGAACUCCGGUCCAAGUCGCUGUCAGAUUCCUCGUCUCUUUCUUUCUAGUCCCAUCUGCCCAACAGACGCGCCGCGAAAACCUUGUGUGGGGGGCUAAAAAAAUGGAGGCGAGGGAGCCCAGCAAAGCCUCGCGGCGGCUGUCUGCGCAGCAAAAACUCGAAGAGGCUGUGGUGUCGCCUUUCGAGAAUUCGGAGGCCACAGCACGCCUUUCUGUGCCCCCCGAUUCCCCGCGAUCUGAGCGGCGCAACUCGCUCUCUCGUAAUCUCGAGGGAGAGAAGGGAGCUUCUUUGCCUUCUGCAGGAGCAGAGCCCUCAGAUGGUGCAUCGCAAAGAAACGCUUCGCAAGGACGGCAGACUCAACAGGCUGAAAGAGAAAAUCCUUCCACUUCUUCUUCGUCCUCGCGCGACAGUGGCAGUCAGGAGCAGCAAGGCGAGGAAGCGCAGCAAAGGCGAAGCUCGACGAGGUCCACAGACAUGUCGGGAGACGCCGAAGGGCAGCUGGGCCAGAAAGCAGAGUCACGGGUGGAAGGCGAGGGGCAGGGGGAAGGAGACGCGGGGCAGCCUAAAGAAGUUUGCCGAGAAGAAGAAAUGGGAGAUGACACAGAAGGCGGUUGUCAGGCCGAGGAAAGCUCGUCACCGCAGGCAAAUGUACCAGGCACGAUGGGAGCUCGCAUUCCUCGCAGUCGCGGCAGACAAGCGUGGAGAGAGAAGGGCACUGUCAGAAGCUUUGGUCGGUUCUGCAAAGAGGCUGCGAAUCGGAACAAGGGCUCCUGGGAAAGUCAGAAACAAGCGCGCGACCAGCAGAAAGCGAUGCGACAAGCUGAGCUGGAGAUGCGCCAAGAACGGUCGGCGGUGCUCAGAAGAAGACGAGAAAAGACGGAGGAGAAAAGGCGACGCAAAGAAGAGAACGCGCUCAAAAGCAGCCAGGUCCAGGUCAUCAAGAAUACCGCGAAACUGCGCAAAUGGGGCAAGAAAGCCCGCAGAGACCUCGUCAAAAUGAGUCCGGAAAUGAUUCAAAAACUCUAUAAUGUCCGCCUGUAAAGAACAACAACCACGUGCACUCUGGAUACGCCUUCAUCGGGCUCUGGUUCCACUUUAUCGACGUCAUAAAGUGUGGUCUCGACGAUGAGGUAAAAGCGAAAAAGACAAGAGGCUUGUAGAGAAAAUCUUAGUCGUCGAGACGGCAAAACCCAGCAUCUACCUUUUCGAGAGCGACGCCAUCGCGGAGAAGAAAUUCAAAUUCAAAUCUCCGGUCUGGAGCUGAGACGCUCGCGUGCGGGGGCACACAACUGCAUCCUGACUCUCCAGGAAUUCCUUCUGAUUGACGGUAUUUUUCUGAACUCGACGAGUCUCACUCUCCCUCCCACUAAGGGACGUGGAAAGCGCGUCUGCAUGCGUUUCUGGCGAAGAACUGUGUCCCGUGUUUUGAACGGAUCGAAGAGUGAGCGUUAAAAUGUUUUGGUUUUAUCAAAAGGUCUUUUCUGGAAAAACCGGUGUGAACUCCUUGCUGUGCUACGGGAACCUAGCAACAACAGUGAGGGGUACGAGUCACCAAGUGACAGAGACAAAGGCUGUGAACCUUGGCUUAUGCCUGUGUGUGCGAAGGGAGCAUUUGUUGCUCGGUGUCUUGUUUCUAACUCACAAGAAGAAACUUCCGCAGCGUAGUUCCUCCGGUGACGCAGAGGCACAUUUAUAUCCGUCUCCACUUGUGCAACGAUCUACAGAACCAAUAGGGAAGUGUGACCGACGACGGCAGUGGACCCUCUUUUCUGAUAAAAACCAUUCACCUGAUCACUGCUG